ACUCGGUAAGAAUAUGUCCUAUCUGAUUUUGGGGAGUGCCCCGAUAACAAAAGACAAAAAAAGGAUUGGAAAUUAUCUCGAUCCAUGAUGUAUAUUGUACUGAACUAAUCGUUCGCAGCACGGGUGUUAUGCUGCGUCGAGGAUUAUUUCGUCUCCUCAGAGGAGCGGCUCUCCAAGCGAUCGCCCAAAUUCCCCUAAAACCCUAGCCUCUCGAUCGUAACCCUAGAUGGACGGCCACUCCGCCGCCCCCGUCCGGUCGCGGAGCUCCCAGUCCCCGUCCCCCUCCCACUCCGCCUCGGCCUCCGCCUCCGCCUCCAGCUCUGUCCACCACAAGCGCAAGUUCCCGGGUGCCGCCGCCCCCACUGCCGCGGCGGCGGCGGCGGCGGCGGCCGCGGCGGCCCCCUUCUCCCUCUCCGACACAGGUGCCCUCACUUCGAACGACGACCUCGACAGCAUCAGCGCCCGGGAGGAGGAGGAGGACACCGAGGAGGAGGAGGAGGAGGAGGAGGAGGAGGAGGAGGAAGAGGAGGAGGAGGAAGAUAAUGACUCCAUGAGGGCCUUCACUGCUGCCCGCCUCGAGGCCCCCGGUGGCGUCGGCUCCAGCAACCCGAGGAGCGCGAAGCCGCCCAAGGCCGAGAAUCCCUCGAUCAAGGUUGAGCCUUCCGGCGGAGGGCUUUCAGAGAUUGGAGUGAAGGAUGAGCGCGGAGCCACGGGCUCGUCAGGUCAGCAGAAUGCAGCUGCUGCGGCAAGCCUGAUGCCGGGAAUUGUUGUGAAGGAGGAUACGGUGAAGGGGUUAUUCACCGAGAACAUACAGGCCAGCGGGGCUUACAGUGCCAGAGAGGAAGGGUUGAAAAGAGAGGAAGAUGCUGGAAGACUCAAAUUCUUGUGUUAUGCAAAUGACGGGGUAGAUGAACACAUGAUCUGGUUGAUAGGAUUGAAGAAUAUAUUUGCAAGACAACUUCCUAACAUGCCCAAGGAAUACAUAGUCCGCCUUGUUAUGGAUAGAAGCCACAAGUCUAUGAUGGUUAUUAGGCAUAAUCAAGUUGUGGGGGGCAUAACAUAUCGCCCAUAUAUCAGUCAGAGAUUUGGAGAGAUUGCAUUUUGUGCAAUCACAGCUGAUGAACAAGUCAAAGGCUAUGGCACAAGACUCAUGAAUCACUUGAAACAACAUGCUCGUGAUGUUGAUGGGCUCACUCAUUUUCUAACUUAUGCAGACAAUAAUGCUGUUGGCUAUUUUGUAAAGCAGGGCUUCACAAAGGAGAUCACAUUGGAGAAAGAAAGAUGGCAGGGGUAUAUCAAAGACUAUGAUGGAGGUAUACUAAUGGAAUGCAAAAUUGAUCCAAAGCUUCCAUACACUGAUUUGGCUACGAUGAUUCGUCGACAAAGGCAGGCAAUUGAUGAGAAAAUUAGAGAACUCUCCAACUGUCACAUUGUUUAUGCAGGAAUUGACUUUCAAAAGAAAGAUGCCGGUAUACCUAGGAAGCCUAUAAAAGUUGAAGAUAUUCCUGGUCUCCGAGAGGCUGGGUGGACUCCAGACCAGUGGGGCCACUCAAGGUUCAAGACAGCAAAUGCAACAGAUAGUGUUGCCUAUCGUCAACAGCUGAAUGCCUUUAUGCGCGGUCUUCUAAAGAUGAUGAAUGAGCAUCCUGAUGCUUGGCCAUUUAGGGAGCCGGUAGAUGCACGUGAUGUGCCUGAUUAUUAUGAUAUCAUUAAAGAUCCGAUGGAUAAUAAUCUUUUAUGAUACUUAGCCUCUAUGGUUCAAAAGUUCAACACGUGGUAGGCCGAACCAGAGUGAACUGUCCGAUUCGGCCCGUACCAAGCCGACCCGAUGGGAAACCGGAUCAGUUUGCCCAUUAAAAUCGGUUCCAGCUCCGAACCAGCUGAAAUGGUUUCCGAACCGACCGGAACCGGCCGGAAAAGGCCCAAACAGGACCGAAUUGACCGGAAUCGGCCGGGUCCAGUUUGCACCAAGUCGACCCAAUUUACAAUCGAGCUCCCUCCCCCUUUGCUUCGUUUGUUAAAAGGUGUUGUGAAGAUGGAAGGGUCAGUUUCGUAGCCAGCGAGGCUAGGGUUAAUGCAGGGCAAUAGGUAGACAGAUAUUCCACGCAUCCUUCCAGCUGAUCAGCCACAACCACAGGAGAGUCGAUCACCACAUGACUCCCUUGUCAGAGACAUCCUCUCAGAGAAUUGAUCGAGAGAUGCUUACAUGAGGCUACUACGUUACUCGGUCGACUUGAUCAGGAGGACAACAUACAUCCUCCCAAUAUAGCCAGGCGAAGGGACAUGAAGAGUAAGCAGGCAGCGAGUGACAUGAAGGAUGAGCAGGCAGUGAGUGGCACGAAGUAUGAGUAGGCAGUGAGUGGCACGAAGGAUAACAAAAGCUACCUGCAACCCCAAUAGAGUGUGGAGGAGCUAGUUCAUUCAUAUUUAGAGACCAGUAACAGCUGUUCUGGUGGUCAUGGAUUUGCUAGUUAGAAAGAGAGUAGAGGACA